CAAAUGUAAUCGAUGGAAAGAACAAGGCAUUUGCAGUCAGAGGAACUGGGUCCGAAUCUUGGUUCUGCUCUUCCUGAGAUGUUGGAGGUUCUCACUGAUGUGUCCAGAUUGGUACCAUCACACCAAGUUUUCAGGGAGAGAGAGGAGCCAAAGGAACUUGGAGAUUUUCCCCCUUUAGAGAUCUUAUCAACAAGACAAGGGAUAUGUAGAAAGAAUCCUGGAAAAGACUUCACACUCCCGUCUCGCUCCCUCCCUCCCUCCCUCCCUGGAUCACAGGAUUUAAGAUUCAGAUUUCAAAUAAGACAGUAUCAGCUUCUCAGAGAAAAUCUGGGAAGUACCCAAAUCUCUCUGGUAGAGAGCUGGGCGGAAGUUUUACGUAUAUACCUGUGUGACCAGCACCCAGUGGAGAAGACUUCAAGCAUUUCCAUUAUCCUGGAUGUUCCUUCUUGCUCCUUCCUAGUCAAUAUUCACCCCCUCCAGAGACAUUAUGGCCACAUCUGUCAUGAUUCUUUCCAACUUGGAACUCUGCUGAGAGGUGUCCCGUGCAUUCUCAGCCAGAUUUUUGGUUUCUGGGCUGGGGCUCCAAUGCAGGCUACAGAUUACUUAUUUGGAAGUGCUUGUGCUGAGCGGUGCUGCUUCUGA